AUCGUUUCCAAGAGAUUGCGAUAGGAUAAGGGUUACAUUGAUAUCCCUCAGCAACAUUGUUCGACGACCAGUGGUGUACAUCAUAAUUCUCCAGCCAGAUGCGAUCGUCCCUAAACUUGCUGGCUUCCGUAUCCCGCAGCCGGCCGUCGAAGCUCAAAAAGCCAACCAUUAGCCUUGAUCAUUUCAUCCAAAGACAACGUGUCAUCUCACUAUGGCGGGAGAUAACUCGAGCACUGAAUAAGAUACCAAGUUCGUCGACCAGGGACGAAUUACACAGUUAUGCUCGACGUGAGUUUGAGCGCAAUAGAAAUAUUACAGAUCUGCAACAUAUACGGUAUCUAAUCUCAACUGGAAAGUCUGAGUUUGAGAUGAUGAAGCGCUACGUCGAUGAGCAGGUCGUAGGCUAAAAUGCAUGGCCUCACUGAGACCGACAAGAUCCCAUACUCGAAAGUCUCGAGCAUCAAUUAUGAAUCAAGGAGCCGGGGAUUCAAAACUUCCGAGAACAAGAGGGUAAGAUAC